AUUCAUCCUUCAAAUCUCUAUGCCUAUGAGAGUAUGGACAUUGAGUUUGAGUGUGCUGUCUCGGGAAAGCCUGUGCCUACAGUGAACUGGAUGAAGAAUGGAGAUGUGGUCAUACCUAGUGAUUAUUUUCAGAUAGUGGGUGGCAGCAAUUUGCGAAUCCUUGGAGUAGUCAAGUCGGAUGAAGGUUUUUAUCAAUGUGUAGCUGAGAAUGAUGCUGGGAAUACACAGACCAGUGCCCAGCUAAUCAUCCCUGAACCUGCUAUCCCAAGCUCCAGUGUCCUCCCCUCUGCUCCCCGAGAUGUGGUCCCUGUCUUGGUUUCCAGUCGCUUUGUUCGUCUCAGCUGGCGUCCACCCGCAGAAGCAAGAGGGAAUGUUCAAACUUUCUCCGUCUUCUUUUCCAGAGAAGGUGACAACAGGGAGCGAGCAUUGAAUACAUCCCAGCCUGGGUCCCUUCAACUCACUGUGGGAAACUUGAAGCCAGAAGCAACUUACACGUUCCGAGUUGUGGCCUAUAAUGAACGGGGACCGGGGGAGAGUUCUCAUCCUAUUAAGGUGGCCACCCAACCUGAAUUACAAGUGCCAGGGCCAGUCGAAAAUCUGCAAGCUAUAUCUACCUCACCUACCUCAAUUCUUAUUUCCUGGGAACCCCCUGCCUAUGCAAAUGGUCCAGUCCAAGGUUACAGAUUGUUCUGCACUGAGGCUUCUACUGGAAAAGAACAGAAUAUAGAAGUUGAUGGACUGUCUUACAAGCUAGAAGGGUUGAAAAAAUUUACCGAGUAUACCCUUCGGUUUCUGGCUUAUAACCGAUAUGGGCCAGGGGUAUCCACCGAUGAUCUCACAGUUGUGACACUUUCUGAUGUGCCCAGUGCUGCACCUCAGAACAUCUCCUUGGAAGUGGUUAAUUCAAGGAGUAUCAAAGUGAGUUGGCUACCUCCACCACCAGGCAUGCAAAAUGGAUUUAUUACUGGUUAUAAAAUCCGACAUAGAAAGACAACCCGUCGAGGUGAGAUGGAAACACUAGAGCCAAACAACCUCUGGUACUUGUUCACAGAUUUGUGGUCCCUGAGAGCCCAACUGCUCUCCCAGAUGGAAAUUCGUGUGAUUCGGUGCUGGUGA